CGGGAGCUGUGCGAAUGACACUGGCUAAUGCCUAUCGAGGACAAGGGGAGAAAAAAAGGAACGGAAGAGACUGUCAAGUAAAUCCAAUAUUUUUCAAAUGAGUGGUGAUCUUGCGUUGGUGGCAGUGUGACUGGUUUUGAUGUCUUGCCUUAAAAUUUGAUAUUGUAAUGUGCUCAUUCUAAAAUAAUUCAAGAUGAGCCAAGACAGAGGGAAAUAUGAUUUCUACAUUGGACUUGGAUUGGCAAUCAGCUCAAGUAUUUUCAUUGGUGGAAGUGUUAUCUUGAAAAAGAAGGGGCUUCUCCGGCUAGCAAGAAAAGGAUCUAUGAGAGCAGGGCAAGGUGGCCAUGCAUAUCUCAAGGAAUGGUUGUGGUGGGCCGGACUUCUCUCAAUGGGAGCUGGUGAAGUUGCAAACUUUGCGGCAUAUGCUUUUGCACCUGCUACACUGGUUACUCCUUUAGGCACUUUAAGUGUUUUAGUCAGUGCCAUCCUGUCAUCCUACUUCUUAAAUGAGAAGCUAAAUCUUCAUGGUAAAAUUGGAUGUUUACUGAGCAUACUGGGCUCUACAGUCAUGGUCAUUCAUGCACCACAGGAAGAGGUGAUCGAGACCUUGAAUCAAAUGGCCAUUAAGCUAGCAGAUCCAGGUUUUGUACUCUUUGCAACGGCAGUUGUAAUUGUCUCACUCAUAUUGAUAUUUGUUAUUGGACCUCGUCAUGGAAAGUCAAAUAUUUUGGUUUAUAUCAGCAUAUGCUCAGUGAUUGGAGCUCUGUCUGUGUCCUGCGUAAAAGGAUUAGGCAUUGCCAUAAAGGCUCUGGCAUGGAUCCUAUUAUUAAGCCUUAUAGUUUGCGUAAGCACCCAAAUAAACUAUUUAAAUAGGGCUUUGGAUAUAUUCAACACUUCAUUAGUGACUCCAAUUUACUAUGUUUUCUUUACCACUUCAGUUCUCUCAUUCUCAGCUAUUCUCUUUAAAGAAUGGCAGCACAUGUCUGUGAAUGACAUGAUUGGCACAUUCAGUGGUUUCCUUACAAUAAUUGUUGGGGUCUUUUUAUUGCACGCAUUUAAAGAUGUCAGUAUCACUUUAUCAAAUCUACCCGUGUCUCUAAGAAAGGAUGAGCGGCUGUUAAAUGGAAAUCUUUCCACCAACAUUUAUGAGCAUCUAAAUUGUGAUGAGGAAAGCCAGCUUGGUGACAACGAACUUGCAAUGAAUGAGACCACUGCGUCUCGAAGAAAUGGAAACAUGACCUCCUUCUAACUGAAACAUUCAUACCUUCAUAUCGUGAAAAAAAUGUGUAACCUGGACUUUGUGA